GUCAAUUAAAUCGUAAAAAUAAAAUUACAUAAAAUAUUUAUUAAUUAUUUAAUAAAUCGAGAGCGAAAAUUAAAAAACAAAAUUUAAAAAAUAAUUUGUGAUAAUUAAAAGCAAGUUAAUAUAGUUGAUCAAUUGAACCCGUCAGUAAAUAAACACGUUGAUCAAACUGUCGUUGUCGACUGACUGAGAAAAAAUAACUAAUGGCCGCUGGUCGUGUGUAAAGUGUUCAGGUGACGUGGCUAUGUUAGUAUAAAAAUAUUUAAUAAAUAAUAUAUUUAAGAUGAAUGCUUUUAAACGGGAUAAAAAAGAAGAAGAAGAUGGAGGUGGUAAUCCGUUUCAAAACUUAGAAAAGACAGCUGUGCUCCAAGAAUCAAGAACUUUCAAUGAUACACCAGUAAAUCCACGAAAAUGUAGUAUCAUAAUGACAAAAAUAUUGUAUCUGCUGAAUCAAGGCGAGCUGCUCGGAAAAGCAGAAGCCACCGAAACAUUUUUUGCAAUGACUAAAUUAUUCCAAUCACGAGACGUCAUAUUGCGCAGGUUAGUUUACCUGGGAAUAAAAGAUUUGAGUACAGUAGCUGAGGAUGUGAUCAUUGUGACGUCAAGUCUGACCAAGGACAUGACCGGCAAGGAGGAUUUGUACAGAGCACCAGCAAUACGCGCUCUCUGCACGAUAACUGAUGCUGGAAUGCUGGCUGCCAUUGAGAGAUACAUGAAACAAGCGAUUGUUGACAAAUCACCGGCAGUAUCAAGCGCUGCUUUGGUCUCAUCACUGCACUUGAGCAACGUAUCGGGUGACGUUGCACGUAGAUGGGCCAAUGAAGCACAAGAAGCACUAAAUUCUGACAAUGUCAUGGUCCAAUAUCACGCUCUGGGUGUUUUGUACCAAGCGAGAAAGUCUGAUAAGCAUGCUGUCAUUAAACUCACGGCGAAACUUAUCAGAAGUCGGCAGAAAAGUCCAUAUGCCACGUGCAUGAUAAUCAGGAUGGCUUGCAAGCUGCUGGAUGACGUCAAUGAGAGCAAUGAAUUGCUGGAUUUCAUUGAAGGUUGCUUGAGACACAAGUCUGAGAUGGUUGUCUAUGAAGCUGCUCAUGCUCUCGUCAAUCUGGGACGCAGUGGAAUACGUGAAAUAGCACCGGCAAUCAGUGUGCUCCAGCUCUUCUGCGGGUCACCCAAAGCUGCACUGAGAUUCGCGGCCGUUCGCACGCUUAAUAAAGUCGCCAUGACUCAUCCAGCUGCUGUUACUGCGUGUAACCUGGACCUGGAGAAUCUUAUUACUGAUUCAAAUCGUUCAAUUGCUACACUGGCAAUCACAACUCUUCUUAAGACCGGAGCUGAGAGUUCAGUAGAUCGUUUGAUGAAACAAAUAGCGACCUUUGUAUCAGAAAUUUCAGAUGAAUUCAAAGUCGUCGUCGUUCAAGCAAUCAGAGCACUGUGCCAGAAGUUCCCGCGCAAGCACUCUGUGCUGAUGAAUUUCUUGUCGGCGAUGCUGAGAGACGAGGGUGGGUUGGAGUACAAAGCAGCUAUCGCUGACACAAUUAUCGCUGUAAUGGAGGGUAAUUCUGAAGCAAAGGAAGCUGGACUUGCACAUCUCUGCGAGUUUAUUGAAGACUGCGAGCAUACAUCUCUCGCCGUCCGCAUUCUCCAUCUUCUGGGACAAGAAGGACCAACGUCAAAAAAUCCAUCUCGUCAUAUUCGUUUUAUUUACAAUCGCGUGAUCCUUGAGAGCGCAAGUGUAAGAGCAGCAGCAGUCGCUGCCCUAGCUCAUUUUGCCGCAGUCUGUCCAGAUUUGCUACCAAAUGUUCUCGUUUUACUCUCACGUUGCCAACUUGAUUCUGACGACGAAGUACGCGACCGUGCUGCGUAUUACUGUAGGAUUCUACAGGAACGUAAUGAUCCAACAAUCUUACCUACACUUAUCCAUCCACCACAACUCUCAAUCCCAAGCCUCGAGAGAGCUCUCCGCAAUUACAUCCAGUCUCCAAUGGACGAGCCAUUCGACAUCGGUCAAGUACCACCAGCACAAGCUGUCGAAGAACCGACUCCAGCAGAGGUACAGCUCAUCACACGACCGACUCAACCACGACUUACACGAGAAGAAAGCUACACUGAAAAACUGUCUCAAGUUCCACAGUUGAUGAUGAUCCUUCAGAAAUCACCGCUCUUUAAAUCAUCAUCAGUAUUUGAACUUACGGAGUCUGAAACGGAGUACAAUGUCAAGUGUGUCAAACACUCAUGUGGCGAUUUUCUCAUCUUACAGUUCGACUGCUUAAAUACAUUAACUGACCUAGUGCUAGAGAACGUCAGUGUCGCAGUUGAAGCACCGGAAGGAUACACUCUUAUUGGAGAAAUAUCCUGUCCCAAGCUAGCGUACAACGAGCCAGGAACAACUUACACUAUCCUACAGUUUCCUGAAGACAUCAAUGCCAGCGUGAUGACCACUCCAGCGACUUUGAAAUUCAUUGCUCGCGACUGCGACCCCACUACUGGACUUCCUGAAGCUGAUCAAGGAUACCAGGAUGAGUAUAUGCUCGAAGACCUCGAAGUGACUCUGGCUGACCAAAUGCGCGGCUCAGGCACCCGAGGAAUGGACAUGAAUGCCGCCUGGGAAGCUGCGGCGACACGUGGAUUCACUUGUAUGGAAGAUACCUUCGCUUUGGGAGCCAACGUCACAACUUUGGAAGCUGCUGUGCAGAGUCUCGUUGGUUUCUUGGCUCUCGAGCCGGCAGAUCGCAGCGACAGGGUGCCUCCCGGUGCUACAUCUCACGUAUUGCUACUCCAUGGUUACUUCCGCGGUGGAAAGGAAAUAUUUUCCCGCGCUAGAUUAGCUCUCGCUGAUACCCAGGUUACAAUGCAGUUGUCCGUACGUUCUCAGGACCCUGAUGUCGCAGCACUUGUCCUCGCAUCAGUUGGUUAAUUUUAUUUUAUUGUCUAAUUAUCAAAAGUGUCUAUUUAAAUAUUAAGAUGAUAAAUCAAGAUGUCUUGUUGAUGCUUAUGGUAAUUAGAUAUACUUAUAAUUGUUGUACAGAUAAGAUAAAUCAAUUAGUUGUUAAGAUAAUUAUCUAUCAAUACUUUUUCGAUUCAUUUAUUUCAUAUUUUUAUCAUUGUAUUCUUAAUAUCAAGAUUUAUGUUAAUAAA